UAGGUGGCCAGGGACAACGGUAAGUGUGUUUUGACGUAAACAAACUGAUUUUGAACGUUUUUAACAUUAAAGCCAAACAAUAAUUGUUAAAGAAGGAGACAGAAUGACUUCCCUAGACUUAAGGCAACAAAAACUGGAACAGCAGAGGCAACUAAUAGCUCAGAAAAUGAAACAGAAGAGACAAACUGGUGCCAGUGGAAUGGUGCAGGCUUCUAAUUUAUCAGCCGCUCAGCUCACAAGUCAUUCUACCAAAUGGCUAAACCCUCAGAAGGAGCUUCAUGGGUAUGAUGGGCCGUUGCAGUUCACUAUGUCACCGGGAAAUCCUGAUAUUGGUGCACUGCCUGAAAAUAAAACUAUGGAGACAGACUUAACAGAUAUAACCACAGAUGGUACAUUUUACGAUGGAGUAGAUGAAGAAUCGUCUCCUGUGGAUUUGCUAUCGCCAGUAGAGUCGUUUCCAGCUCAAUCGCCUUUAAGGAUUGCGCCAUCUGAUGGCCCAACCGUUGUUAUUAAUAGAGAUCAUCUUUCUUCAAGCCCAGAGAUGGAAGGAAACGUAGAGGGAAAUAUCGAGCAGUUUGUGCUGCAACCUGCUAAUAAAAAAAUGCAUUACAAGUGUCGAAUUACGCGCGACAGAAAGGGAAUGGAUCGAGGAUUCUACCCAACUUAUUUUUUACACCUCGAACGCGACUAUGGGAAAAAGGUAUUCCUUUUAGCUGGACGUAAACGAAAAAGAAGCAAGACAAGCAAUUAUUUGAUUUCCACAGAUCCAACGGAUCUUUCUCGAGGGGGCGAAGCUUUUAUUGGAAAACUGCGUUCGAACCUUUUAGGCACUCAGUUCACUGUGUACGACAAUGGCUAUUCUUUGAUGAAAGACGACAAGCAUGAGGGUCGAUCAAAUCCGCGACAAGAGUUGGCCGCCGUCGUUUAUGAUACCAAUGUCCUUGGAUUCAAGGGACCGAGAAAAAUGACUGUCAUUAUCCCAGGAAUGACUCCCGAUCAAAAAAGAAUUCAGAUUUGCCCUCGGGAAGAAACUGAAAGUUUACUUGAAUGCUUCAAAAUGAAGAAUAUGGACAACUUGAUCGAAUUGCAUAAUAAAACUCCAGUUUGGAAUGACGAUACGCAAUCCUAUGUUUUGAAUUUUCAUGGGAGAGUUACACAAGCUUCAGUAAAGAAUUUUCAAGUAGUUCACGACAGUGAUGUGGAUUAUGUCGUGAUGCAAUUUGGUCGUGUGUCUGAAGACGUUUUCACAAUGGACUAUCGAUUUCCCCUCUGUGCUCUUCAGGCUUUCGCCAUCGCCUUAAGUAGUUUCGACAGUAAACUAGCUUGUGAGUAAAUAACCACUCAGAUGAAUUUCGAUAUCCAUCAAGAGACAAUCAUACCUUGCCUGUUUGAAAAAUCGGCACUGGUUAAUGUUUGAACCCCGGAAAAUUGAAGUAUGAUUUGUUCUGCAAGACAAUCUCGAAUGAUUAAGUCAACAACAACAAAGAGAGAGGGGGGGGGGGGCUGGAGGAGAAGGAUGAAAAUUUUACGACUCAGCGAUUUUCGCCGUAGAAUCUGGAGUCGUGCAAUCUUAUAAGAUUAAAAAGUUGGAGGAGCUCCAACUUGUGAAAAAGACUUUCAUUUAGAAUGUUUAGAUUUCUAUAAAAAAAGAUUGAUCGGUAUGUGUUCAAAGUCAUUUUUAAGCGAAACCAAAUAAGAGUGUCGUUGUUAUUGUAACUUUCAGUAUUAUUCUAUCGAUCAAUGUCGAAAAUGUUUGCAAAGUUCCUGUUCAAUUUCUUAAUGUUUCUGAAGAAAGUUAAAUUUCUCUGGAAUUUAAAUUCAACACGUUCGAAUUAAAAAAAAAUAGAAUAAGGUGUUGAAAAAUAUUUUCAGAGGACUGCUUUCAGAAAAAUCAUGAACUGUCUUUCAAAAUCGAAAGAAAGCUUUUACAAGGUUGAUCUAGACUUUUCACUGUCGCUCUCUUUGCGCUUUAUACUGACGUGUACACCCACUCUCUCACACA